CGGGCUCCGCCCCCUGCGCGCGGCGCGCUGGGGGCUCCAACCGCCCUAACGGACCCGCCUCGCGCCGCGCUCGGCGGGUGCGUCACUUCCGGCCUGUGCUGCGCGCCUCGCGCCUCCCCCCGCCCUGGCCCGUUCUGCUGAGGCCCCCGGGAAGCCGGCUGCAGAAUGACGCCCACGUUUCGCUCCAGCUGAUCCCGUCCUCCCAUGGGACAGGGGAGAGAAAUGGCUGCAGUGGAGCCAGUUCAGGGGCCGGUGACCUUCGAGGAGGUGGCUGUGUAUUUCACCAGGGAAGAGGGGGCUCUGCUGGACCCCGCUCAGAGAGCCCUCUACAGAGACGUCAUGCAGGAGAACUACGAGAAUGUGACCUCGCUGGGGUUUCCAGUUUCCAAACCUGAUGUGAUCUCCCAGCUGGAACAAGGGAAAGAGCCAUGGGUCCCAGACCUCCAGGAUUCAGAGGAAAAAGAGAUCCUGAGAGGUCCCUGCACAGGUGCUGGGAUGGUGAGUGAGAAUGAGGAGCAGAAUUCUCAGCAGGAAGAUCCUGAGCAAGUGGAACCGCAUGGAGCAUUAUCGCAAAGAUCCAAAGAGAAAGUGCCCACGAUUCAUGAGCAGGGAAAAGUCUGUGAGAUUCAGCGCAGUCCAGAGAGAGAGCAGGGAAACCAGCCAGAGGAGAAAAUGGGAAAAAUAAUUUACUGUUGGGGAACUCAAAAGGACCUCAAAGAAACCACAGCCCAACAAAAAAUCCUCAGAGGAAAGAGAAAAUAUAGAUGCACUGAGUGUGGGGAAAACUUCAGUGACUGCUCAGCCCUCAUUGCACAUCACAGAAUCCACACGGGAGAGAAACUCUAUGAAUGCCGUGAGUGCGGGAAAACCUUCAAUCGCAUCUCACACCUCACUCGACAUGAGAUAAUCCACACAGGAGAGAGACCCUAUGAAUGCCGUGAGUGUGGGAAAACCUUCACUCUCAGCUCAUAUCUUACUACGCAUGAGCGAAUGCACAGGGGGGAGAGGCCCUUUCAGUGCUCUCAGUGCGGGAAAAGCUUCACUAGGAGCUCAUCCCUUAUUAGACAUGAGAGAAUGCACACGGGAGAGAGACCCUAUAAAUGCUGUGAGUGUGGGAAAACCUUCACUUCCAGCUCAAACCUUAUUCAGCAUCAGAGAAUCCACACAGGGGAGAGGCCCUAUGAAUGUGGUCAGUGCGGGAAAGCCUUCAAUUGCAGCUCAGAGCUCACUAGACAUGAGAGAAUCCACACAGGAGAGAGACCCUAUGAAUGCAGUGAGUGUGGGAAAACCUUCGCUCUCAGGUCAGAUCUUACUACACAUGAGAGAAUCCACACAGGGGAGAGGCCCUUUCAGUGCUCUCAGUGUGGGAAAACCUUCACUAGGAGCUCAGACCUUACUAGACAUGAGAGAAUCCAUACGGGAGAGAGACCUUAUGAAUGCUAUGAGUGUGGGAAAACCUUCAUUGCAAGCUCAAAACUUAUUCAGCAUCAGAGAAUCCACACGGGGGAAAGUCCCUAUAAAUGCAGUGAGUGUGGGAAAGCCUUCAGUUGCAGUUCAAAGCUCACUAGACAUGAGAGAAUGCACAGGGGGGAGAGACCUUAUGAAUGCUGUGAGUGCAGGAAAACCUUCACGCACAGCUCAGAUCUUACUACACAUGAGAGAAUCCACACAGGGGAGAGGCCCUUUCAAUGCUCUCAGUGCGGGAAAAGCUUCAGUAGGAGCUCAGAUGUUACUAGACAUGAGAGAAUUCACACGGGUGAGAGACCCUAUGAAUGCUGUGAGUGUGGGAAAAGCUUCAUUUCUACCUCAAACCUUAUUAAACAUCAAAGAAUCCACACCGGGGAGCGGCCCUAUAAAUGCGGUGAGUGCGGGAAAGCCUUCAAUUGCGGUUCACAGCUCACUAGACAUGAGAGAAUCCACACAGGGGAGAGACCCCAUGAAUGCUGAGAGUGAGGAAAAACCUUCACUCACAGCUCAGAUCUUACAACAUGUGAGAGAAUCCACAUGGGAGAGACCCCCAUGAAUGCUAUGAGUGUGAAAAGCUCAAACAUUGCUCAACAUCAGAAUAAUCACAGGUGAGAAAUCCUAUGAAUGCUCUGAGUGUGGGAAAACCUUCACUCUCAGCGUACGCCUUACUAGAUAUUGGAGAAUCCACAUGGGAGAGAGAUCCUAUAAAUGUUGUGAAUUCGGAAAAACCUUCAAUCAAAGCUCAUAACUCAGUACUAGGGCUGUCCAUUAAUCAUAGUGAACUCACGUGAUUAUUCAGUUUUAAUCACACUGUUAAACAAUAAAAUCCCAAUUGACAUUUAUUAAA